CUCACCGGCGCCCGUCCACACCCGGCCCGGCGCGCCGAAUCCGCUCCCGAGUCCGCCGCCACCCUCGAGGCCCCGCCCCCGGCUUCAAGCGUCAAAGGACGCCUGUCGCUUUAAGCCGAAAUCCCGCGCAGGCGCCAGGACUCGCGAUACCCGAGGCGGCUUCAUAUUACCCACAAUUCCCUUCCCUUUCUCUCUCCUCCAGCCGCUCAAGAUGCCGAAGGGCAAGAAGGCCAAGGGGAAGAAGGUGGCCCCGGCGCCGGCCGUGGUCAAGAAGCAGGAGGCCAAGAAGGUGGUGAACCCGCUGUUCGAGAAGCGGCCCAAGAACUUCGGCAUCGGACAGGACAUCCAGCCCAAGCGGGACCUCACGCGCUUCGUCAAGUGGCCGCGCUACAUCCGGCUGCAGCGGCAGCGGGCCAUCCUGUACAAGCGGCUCAAGGUGCCGCCCGCCAUCAACCAGUUCACGCAGGCGCUGGACCGGCAGACCGCCACGCAGCUGCUGAAGCUGGCGCACAAGUACCGGCCCGAGACCAAGCAGGAGAAGAAGCAGCGGCUGCUGGCGCGCGCCGAGAAGAAGGCGGCCGGCAAGGGGGACGUGCCCACCAAGCGGCCGCCGGUGCUGCGGGCGGGCGUGAACACUGUCACGACCCUGGUGGAGAACAAGAAGGCGCAGCUGGUGGUGAUCGCGCACGACGUGGACCCCAUUGAGCUGGUGGUCUUCCUGCCCGCCCUGUGCCGCAAGAUGGGGGUCCCCUACUGCAUCCUGAAGGGCAAGGCCCGGCUGGGCCGCCUGGUGCACAGGAAGACCUGCACCACCGUGGCCUUCACGCAGGUGAACUCGGAGGACAAAGGGGCCCUGGCGAAGCUGGUGGAGGCCAUCAGGACCAACUACAACGACAGAUACGACGAGAUCCGCCGCCACUGGGGAGGCAACGUCCUGGGGCCCAAGUCCGUGGCUCGCAUCGCCAAGCUGGAGAAGGCCAAGGCCAAGGAGCUGGCCACGAAGCUGGGGUGACCGCGCCGCGGGCCGCUUGUACAUAAUAAAGAAUGUUGUUUGUCCCA